CAAUUUCAGUCGUUGUGGUAUGUUCAAUCGGUUCGGAUGGGUUUAGGAAAUUCGAUGUUUUUUUGUUUUUGUUGUUUUUGUAACGCGUUACUGAAUUCGGUUGAUAAAUUUAUUAAAUUUUUAUUAUUUAACCAGAAGAAUUCCAAAUAAACCGGAAACUUUUUUCUAGUUUUGUUCAUUCAUUUUGGUAAUUAGUUUUGAUGUUGCGUGUGUCCAAUAUAUAGACUCGUCGGAACCAUCUCGUCUAGAACAAGUUCAUACUCAAAAGAGCUAUUAUAAUUACAUGAACUCUUAAAUCAAAGUAAUUAUUCUAAGAGCCACAAAGUCAGCAUUCUUGCAGUUAUUAUUUAUAAGAAAAGAAAAGAAAAAAAAAAGAUUGUUGUUGUGUUGUGCCUUCCUCUUUAAAUAAUAUUAAAACGUGAGAAAAACAAGAGAAAAAUUUGCGAUUUAUAAAUUCUUCUCAAGAGUGCCUGGUUAUCGAUAUGUAUCUUGAUGUAGCCAUACGAAACUUAUAUGCAACAUUAUAAUGCAAUAGCAUUUAUAACAAGUGGAAUAAAAGAAAAUUACCAAGAGGAGCAAAAGAAAAAACUGCUGCUGUAAUUGCUGAAUAAAAUAUCUAUGCGAUGAACGUUUAUGUGGCCAAAUAGAAUGUUUACAGACAACGAACGCAACAACAAACAACGAUAGCAACUCUCUGCAGCAAACGUAUUAUAAAAUUAAGUAGAAAAAAAACCAACAACAACCCAAUUAACAACAACAAAAACAGUGCAGUGCUCUUUGAACUUGAACAAGUUAUUAAAAUGUAAAGCAAAAUAUUUAUUAAAUUGCCAAGCCAAUUGAUUCAGUACAAGACAUUCGAAUCCACCGAUGAGUGUUUACAUAAAGUGCGCUGUGAUGUGAUCAUAGUCUCAGUGUGUUCAAAUGAAUGAGUAAUUUGAAACAACCAACGAAACGCAAUGAACGAACCAUUCACCCAUUCACCAUACAAAACAUGUGCAAAAGACCAAAACGACAACGACUACCCUUCAAAACGUAUCACAUUGCCAAACUUAAAACGGUCUAACCGUCUCACACAUCCAUCGCGCGUAUAUAAAUGCUAAAACAUAUGCCACCGGUCCCCGCGUCAUCCGGUCCAAAUCGUGGUCAAACGCGGGGACACAAUCGAUCCAUUCAACCGCUGAAUGUGUCUACGAUAUCACAGCAGAGCGGCCAGAAAUUGGCCAAUGGUGGACCACCGCGAAUGAUGCUCAACACGACGCCGUUAACGUCGUCCGCGUCGUCGAACAAUCAUAGUCAUUUGAAUUUGAAUACCAAACAUCGCAUUGGUGCUCGUGAGGCGCUCACCAGUCUGGGUCUAUUAUGUUUAGUUUCCCUUCUACUGGCCCUACUUUCGUUGAUAUUUUUGUUAAAAAUUUCGCCCGGAGGACGUGAUCCACCAAUAGAGAAUGACGAAUACAUAAUCGUUUACGAUGAUGUUACAUUAGCCCUGUGCGCACUAUCGUUGACGUUGAAUUUGUCAUGCCUUCUGGUGUGUGGUAUCCAAUUUCUGUUUGCUGUAAAAUUAGUUAGAGCACCUGCAACGUCAGGCCGAGGAAAUAAAUACCUUCAAAAAUCAAGCGUAAGCAGGGUCUGCGCUGUUGGUGGAUUCUUCAUUUCGAUACCGAUAUUUCUAACUGGCAUAAUUCUGUACACAUUCACGCAAUUCCAUUCAACACCAGCAAUUAUAACCAGUGUCCUAAUCGGCAUCGGCAUCGUAUUCUGUGGAUGCGCAAUGGUUCACAACGUAUUCGUUUGGCAGAAGGAAAAGACGAUAUGCGUUCGCCAAAAUCCGAUCAACCUAAAUUUAUCGCUGCACGCACCGAUCAGUACAAUAUCACCGCCCGUUCAGUACAUGAACCAUCCCAUCAAUCAUAUGCACCUGAAUCACAACCAUUCCAAUCACAAUCACAAUCACACACCGCUAACGCAAAUCAGUCACACCACGGUGACGCCAGUGACGCCACUGUCACCGAACCAUUCGCAUGUGAGCUUCAAUCAUUCGUAUGUGCCCACGUAUGGCGUACGGAACGCAACGCCACCAACACCGAAAGUCCUGAGCAAUAUCAUAUCGAGCAGUCGGGAUGCCAGUCCGGCCAUGGCGAAUGGAACGUUGGAAUUGAGCAAUGUGACCAGUACCAAUUCGCAUGAAUUUUCCACACUGGUUUAGUGGGGGAAUGACGGACGGGCUUUCUUUUUGUAGAUAGAGAUGCACUCAAAUUUGUGUGUAGAAUUUUGUUUUAAUUUUUAUUUAACUUUGAUCCGUCGGAUACGAGAAAUGAAAAGACAAUUGCUGUAGCAGUAGGUGUUGUUUCAACGAGAGAUGCUAAAUUUUAAGACAAGCUGUACAUAGCCAUUUUAAUUAAACUAAGCUCAGUCGAUAUAUUUAUGAAAAAUACAGAUUUGGAAUUUUC